CAGCUUCCUGCUCUUCCCCUCCUGUCCCUGCGCUUAUCUGCCUCGGAGCAACUGCAGAAUGGAGUUUCUUAAGAUGGAGAUGUUUCUCUCCUUGCUUCUGCUGUCCUUGGGUGGUAUGUGGCCAAGAGCCAUGGGGACCUGGGCUGGAAGCAGGGAUCUCCCUCCAGGAUUCGAGGACUACCAGCUGAUGGUGCAGAGCCGGGUGACAGUGCAGGAGGGGCUGUGCAUCCUCGUGCCCUGUUCCUUCUCCUAUCCUGAGGACAGGGAAGGUAGGGAUUAUUUCCCAGUUUAUGGUUACUGGUUCCGAGAAGGAGCCAACACAAACAUGGAGGAUCCAGUGGCUUCCAGCAACCCAGAUCGACCGGCUGAAGCCAGCACCCAGGGUCGAUUCCAGCUUGUGGGGAACCCUGGCAGAAACAACUGCACCUUGGUCAUCAGAGACACCCAGAGAGAGGACACGAUGUCUUACUUCUUCCGGGUGGAGAAGGGAAUGGUGAAAUUCAAUUUCGUGAGCAAGAAGUUCUGGCUGGAAGUGACAGCCCUGACUCAGAAGCCGGACAUCUUCAUUCCUGAGGUCCUGGAGUCUGGGCAGGCGGUGACAGUCCUCUGUGUAGUUCCCUGGGUCUCUGAGCGGUGCUCGGCCCCCUCCAUCUCCUGGUCUGGGCCUGCCCUUUCCUCCAGUGGAAGCAGACCCCAUCCCUCCUUCCAGUCAGUGCUCUACCUCACACCACGCCCGGGGGACCACAACACCCAGCUCACCUGCCGAGUGGACUUCAGAGCUAGAGUCAGCACACAGAGGGCCAUCAGGCUGAGCGUGGCUUAUCCCCCCAGAGACCCUGUGAUCACCAUUUUCCGUGACAAUGCCCCAGAGUCCCAAGGAAACACCAUGUAUGUGGACGCCCAGAAAGGCCAGUUCCUGCAGCUGCUCUGCACUGCUGAUGGCCGGCCUCCUCCCACGCUGACCUGGGUCAUGGGGAACAGAGUCCUCUCAAGGUCAAAUGUCACAGGCCCUGAAAGCCUGGGGCUGGACCUGUCUGGGGUGAAGGCGGGAGAUGCCGGGCGCUACACUUGCCAUGCCGAAAACAGGCUCGGCUCUCGGCAUCGCGCCCUGGACCUCUCCGUGCAGUACCCUCCGGAGGAGCUGAGAGUGACCGCUGCUCAAGGAAACACGACAGAGCUGGAAAUCCGCAGGAACGGCUCGUCCCUCCUGGUCCUGCAGGGCCAAAGCCUGCGCCUGGUCUGUGUCACCCACAGCAACCCCCCCGCCACGCUGAGCUGGGCCCGGGGUUCACAGACCCUGAGCCCCCGCUGGCCCACAGACCCCGGGGUCCUGGAGCUGCCCGUGGUCCAGGUGGAACAUGAAGGAGAAUUCACCUGCCGGGCGCAGAACCCGCUGGGCACCCUGCACAUCUCCCUGGGCCUCUCUGUGCACUAUGAGGGCUCCAUCUCUGCGGCAUUCUCCAAGGGAGCAUGUCUAGGUAUCGGUGCCACCAGUCUUCUUUCCCUCUGCAUCAUUGUGGUCAUCAUGAAGACAUUAAGGAAAUCACAGCCCCGGACAGAGACAUCCAGAGCCCAGGUGUCCCGGAGCAGCAUCCUGGAUUACAUCAAUGUGGCACCCAUGGCCGGGGCCCUGAUGCAGAAUCGGAAGGCCAAGCCAAGCAACCCUCCCAGGACCCCUUCUCCAGGCACUGGCUCCCCAGAACCAAGGAAGAACCAGAAGACCCCCAUCAGUUGCCCCGAGCUCAAAUCAUCCACACAAAGCCCAGACCUGGAGAACAGUCCAGAAGAACUCCAUUAUGCUGCUCUCAACUUCCGCAGGCCUCUGGAAGCCCCGAGGCCCAGGGACCCCGAGGAGAUUUAUACAGAAAUCCAUUUCCACAAAGGGUCCCCUAGACUGUAGAUGUGGAUCUUGGAUGGGGAACGAGAAGGAGGUAAUAAAGAGGCUCAGAGGAUCAAGUGCAAAA